CACCUUAACGUUUUGAAAAUUUAUGGUGGCUCUGAACCCUUUGUACAUAAUUUUUUGGGAAGCAGCUUUUACGUUUUAAUGAACGAGAGAGUCAUUGAACGCAUUGACGACUUUGUUUCUUAGUGGAUUUUUUAAUUACGAAAAUUUCGGCUCAUUUGCAUUUUAUAAUCUGUUUGGUGUUUGUGUGAAUUAAGAUGACGUUGCUUCUUUGCAGGUUGGUUAAAAACAUAAUUAUUUAUAAAUAUUUUCUUAGGUAUUUCCAAGGUAGAUACAUUAGUUACGACACAAUCAGAGGUAUUUUACAGCCAUUAAACUUCUCGGAAACUAAAUAAUAAACUAUGUAAUAAGAACCGGAAGUCAGAAGCCCUCAUGUUGUAAAUAAAAUGGACACCAUGCAGGAAACAUUCGAGUGUUGCGUUUACCAGACAGCCAGACUGAUACGAAAGAUCACUUUUUUGCUCGAAAACAUAUCUCGGUUUGUCAAGGUCGAUUAUAAGCGGGAACGAGGCAUUCAUAGCAAUAACUGUCGGAACUUUCUCACACGCGGUACCUACCCUGCGAGCGUGACAUUCAGUCUCUUCCUGCUCGGUAAGAGACGAGAAGGGACCUCUGCUCACAACUGCUCUAUUUCCUAUCGUGCAUGCGCGAACUAGGUCAGCAUGUCGCACGUGCCGUACUUUGCCAUGCAUAACGUUUACACGUAAUCAGAAUUUAGCUAUUUUCUGUUCAAUCGCGGCAAAUUAAUUCUUGAAUUUCAAAAUAUGCACUUUUACUCUGAUAGAGAAACCUUACAAAUUUCGCAAUGUUCUACGAAGUACUAAGCGAAUAAUUACGUCAUAUUUGGUUACAUGACUCGAAAAACUCCAUCAAGCUGUUGGUAGAAACUGCCUUGCAGAAAUCGCAUUUGUGAAUGAUACUAAAAGCAACUUGACUUUAUUAUUAUUUAAAUAUUUUCGAAUGUGUUCUUCCUCUGCUCCUAAUGAAGCCAUUUCUGUGACACUUCCGUAAGAAUGGUUUCGAAACCUUACACAAAAGAAGUGAAAAAUUGGCUGAUUAAGCUUCAACUGAUCUGAAAUUUGCAUACCUGUUCAAUACCCGAGAGGAUAAAUUGUUUUAGCCGCAAAGAAAGGUUCCGUGAUAAGUAGAAAAGAUGUCUCCCACCUUGUUCAAGAUUAUUGCUUGGAUUUUGACAAUAACAACGUUGUUUGGCAACUGCUUCAUAAUAAUCAUCAUCGUCUCAAGAAAACGUCUGCGUUCAAGUAAGCUCAACUGGUUCAUAAUUUCUCUUGCUGUCGCUGAUUUCCUUGUGGGGUUAAGUUUUUAUCCACCUCUGUUUUUCUGCGAGCGCUGGUUUUCCUGUCACACUAGACUCAUGAAAUCAUUUCGUUGGAUCUUCAUUUACUCAUCAGUUUGUAAUCUGUGUGCCAUGACAGUCGACCGGUAUCUCGCCAUUACGUCGCCCAUUUAUCAUCGAACCAAAGUGUCUGAGAGGGUUGUGGUGAUGUCGAUAACACUGUCUUGGGUUGUUCCAGCUGUUUUGCGCGGGGUUGUUUUCACUCCACUCUAUUACGUUCAUGAACACAAAGCAUUAAAGUACGGCCUGCCUAUACUGUUGGUCAUCUUUGAAGCCCUUCCAUGUCUACUCAUUUUAUUUGCUGUUGUUCGCAUAAGCAUCAUUGCUAAAAGGCAAAAAUUACAGCGCAGGAACAAAUCGAAAGGAAGAGCUAAUCAGACAAAGGAUGAAAAUCAACGCAGUUCCACUGCGCUUAGAAUGAUUCUGUUCGUUGCCUUCUUCUUCAUUUUCUGCUAUUUAUUUGAAGUUUAUUAUGCCACCUGUGUAACAUUUUCUACGUCAUGCAAAGACAUGGAAAUCCUCCAGUUGAUUCAGCGGUUCUUCCUGAUUGCUAACUCCGCGGUAAAUCCGUUUGCAUACGCCUAUCUUAAAAGAGAUAUCAAAGAGGAAGUAAUACGCAAAAUAAGCGUGCUCUGUAGGAAACGGAACUCGGAACUGAAUGCUCACCCAAACACGGAGCCUGACGUUCAAUCUGUUAAUCUAGAUGAGAUUUUAUAAGUGUCUUUAAGUCUUGUUGUAAUAUAAUGAUUCAUGUAGUGAUUAACAAAUAUCAGAUAAGAAGCUAAUUGACGUUCUCAAGACUUCCAACAUUGAGAAGAUCACACAAACGAUUUGCUGAUACUCUUAGGUUCAAACCAUUCAUUUUAUCUUCAUAGAAUUCUAAAUAUCUUGAUUCUAAAUCAAGGUCUAUAAGGUAAAGAAAGGGCAAGGACAUCUGUCAUUAAAGCUAUGGGCAAACAUGUUAUAAAAGAUGCCAGUUUUGAUAACCUAACUGACCGAGAUCAUCAGAUUAUGAAUAGAGCUUAGGUUUUACAGGCUUUUAAAAUGUUUUUCAAAUUUAACUACCUUCUGAAUUACGCAGUCUUGACUUGAUGUGGUAUGACAUAAUCAGACAACCAUCAACGAAAUAAAUAUUUCUUCUGAGUGAGGUUAGAAAGCACCGACGCUUGAGCGAAGUGAAAGGUUUUACACCAUGUCAAAGUGCGAAUCUAGAACAUGAAACUAUAAACAAUAGUGCAUGUGGUAUCAUUGAGGUGGAAGAUGUUCAAACAAACUGGAAAAAAUCAAUAAACGCACCCUUCGCUUUGUGA